GAAGACGAAGAUAUUAUUUACUCUUUUCUAUUUGGUUUCUGAGACCUUACACUUUCUCCUGGCGUGGGGUGGUUGAAAAGGAUAAUUUCGGAACAAAGCAACAACCAGCAAUCCCGCAGACUGCUAGCAGCCAGCUUUUCCGGCUGCGGUGGUCCAACUCAAUCAAACUCCUCAGCUCGGCUCCACUAGAAACAGCCGUAGCGUACUAUAUCAAUUAUUUAUCCAAAUGCGAUGAAGCUGCUGUUUGCUGUGCCGUUCAACUUAGCACUUAGCACAUAGAGAUAUAAGGUAGAAGAGUUGCGCCUCUGGCAGUUUCCUCUACAAGAUCAACAAUUCUUUAGUUUGAGCUGCACGGUUAAAUUGAUGAGGAAUUAUGAAAUCAAUGGGUGAGAGUCUCAAUGACAAGAAUAUAAUUAUCAACAUUAGAUCCUCUCCAUGACAGGAGUGGUUUGAUGCUAAUCAAGAUCUGGGAAUAAAAGCGACUGUCUUUCUUGCAUGGGAUCUGCAUCCUCCAGACUAGUUGAAUUUAAUAGCGCUUUCUACUGCCUCUGGGGUCUCAUUAAUGAUGACAAACACUUCUGAAGAGUUGGGGAAGCAUUCAACCUCAGUGUAUCGUGUGAGAGAAGACAGUGAAUACGUUCGGCUGGUUAUAUCCAAUGAAACAAGGACGGCAGAAGCUGAUAUCUUGCAGCCACAAUCAGAAACAAGAGUUAAAUCUUUUUUGUGGUGGAUUAGAGCCUUAGCUGGGUGCCUUGUUAUCAUUAUAUUUCUUCUCAUUUUCUUAAAAUGGGGGAUGCCAUUUCUUUUUGAAAAGGUUCUCUUGCCAAUAUUGCAGUGGGAAGCCACUGCCUUUGGCCGUCCUGUUCUUGCCCUUGUUCUUGUUGCUUCUCUCGCUUUGUUCCCUGUGGUCUUAAUACCUUCUGGCCCUUCCAUGUGGUUGGCUGGAAUGAUUUUUGGUUAUGGCUUCGGGUUUGUUAUAAUCAUGGUUGGAACAACUAUUGGGAUGGUCCUGCCAUAUUUGAUUGGUCUGUUUUUCCGUGACCGCAUCCAUCAAUGGUUAAAGAGAUGGCCCCGGAAUGCUGCAAUGAUUAGACUUGCUGGGGAAGGUAGUUGGUUCCAUCAAUUUCGAGUGGUUGCUCUCUUUAGGGUUUCACCCUUUCCGUACACAAUCUUCAACUAUGCAAUUGUGGUUACCAGUAUGACAUUUUGGCCCUACUUAUGCGGAUCAGUUGCUGGAAUGGUGCCAGAAGCUUUCAUUUACAUCUACAGUGGUCGCUUAAUAAGGACAUUUGCAGAUGUUAAGUAUGGGAACUAUCACUUGACUACAGUUGAGAUCAUAUACAACAUUAUAUCCUUAAUUGUUGCAGUUAUAACCACAGUUGCUUUUACUGUUUAUGCAAAAAAUGCUUUAAACGAGCUUAAAAGAGAAGAAGAAACUAGUGGAGUGGAAGCAUCUGCCUCGGGCCAUGGCAGUUUAGAGAUGGAGAAAGCUUCCUGUUGAAAAACCUAAGCAUAUAGGAACAUGGUAGCCUGGUGGCCCAGGGGAAUUUGAUGGCAGAUAAGUGGAUUUGUUAGCGAUGUUUUAUGUCUUCCCCUUUUAGGGGAAGAAGGGGAGGGGUAGGUUUUGUAACUAUGUCAAAUAGGCAAACAUAGAAAAGAAAAAAAAAAAAAGAUUGAUACUAUUGUGUAUAAAAUGUAGAAAAUUUUGAACUACAGUGCGCAUACUUUGUGGUCGCGUGGAUGUUACAUAUUUUUAUCUACCUGGUUUCUUUACUGCAAAUGCCAUAAGAAGAUACUCUGAUGGAGAGGACUUCUCAGCUAGUUUUUUAUUUUUUAUUUUUCUAAUCUGCCGCGAGCCUUCGCGACUAGCUGCAGAACUAGAGAUUUGGAUAUUUCGAUUGAUUUCCUGUAAAUAUCGUAAUGUGAAAGCAUCUUUAUGACU